AUGGCGGCGCCCAGCCUCCCCACUCCCGAGCACGGGCACGUGGGCCGGGGCGCCUUCCGCGACGUGUACGCGCCGGCGGAGGACACCUUCCUGCUCCUGGACGCUCUGGAGGCGGCGGCGGCCGAGCUCACGCGAGUGGAGCUAUGCCUGGAAGUGGGAUCGGGCUCUGGAGUGGUAUCCACAUUCCUGGCCUCCAUGAUAGGCCCUCAGGCUCUGUACCUGUGCACUGACAUCAAUCCCAACGCAGCAGCUUGUACCCUGGAGACCGCACGCUGUAAUCAAGUCCAUGUGCAGCCCGUAAUCACUGAUUUGGUCAAAGGCUUGCUACCAAGACUGAAGGAGAAGGUUGAUCUUCUGGUGUUUAAUCCCCCAUAUGUAGUGACUCCGCCUGAGGAGGUAGGAAGUCAUGGAAUAGAAGCAGCGUGGGCUGGUGGCAGAAAUGGUCGAGAGGUCAUGGACAGGUUCUUCCCGCUGGUUCCAGAUCUCCUUUCGCCAAGAGGGAUGUUCUACUUAGUCACCAUUAAGGAGAACAAUCCAGAAGACAUUUUGGAAACAAUGAAGGUGAAAGGUCUUCAGGGGACCACUGCACUUUCCAGGCGAGCAGGCCAAGAAAUCCUUUCGGUCCUGAGGUUCACCAAGUCCUCACACGCUGUCUGCUCCCCGUUAUAG